AUGCCGAUACGAUCACCCUCCCCAGCCCGUGGUAGACCUCGGGCCAGAUCUAUCUACUCUGACCAUGGCCGAAAAGCUUCACGCUCAUCUUCUAGACCGCGCCGCUCAAUAUCCCCUCGCUCAAGUCCAAGGAGGACCAGCCGAUACAAAAGCGAGAGUAGAGGUCGCAGUUGGAGCCCUACCAAUGAGCGGAGUCUUAGUCCUCCUCGAAGCACAAAAAUCGUUGUUGAAAAGCUCACAAAAAACAUAACUGCUGAUCAUCUCCGCGAAAUUUUCGGUACAUACGGAACCAUCCGAGACCUUGAUAUGCCUAUGAAUCGACAAUUCGAUUUCAAUCGUGGUACUGCGUACAUCCUGUAUGCAGCAGAAGUCGAUGCCGAAGCCGCAAUUGCGCACAUGCAUGAAUCUCAAAUAGAUGGUGCUAUUAUUAACGUCUCUAUCGUCCUUCCCCGCCGAAAAUUCUCUCCCUCUCCACCAGCCGCUCGAAGAAGUGCCAAUAUUGAUGCCCGACCUCCACUUCCCAACUUUCGUGGUCCACCGUCAAAUAGACACCGAUCGCCUGUUCCACCUUACUUCAGACCCGAGAGGAAUUUUGAUACAUAUCGUCCACCAGCUGCAUCUCGUUCCCGCUCCCCUCGAAGGCAUCGAACGAGGUCACGAUCAGUCUCAUCACACUCUCGCACACCACCAAGAAGACGAGGAGUACGGACCAGUUCUCGGCGAAAUACCGGUCGAAGAAGAAGGAGUGCCAGCUAUAGUAGUUACAGUAGUUAUGAAGAACGAAGUCCCAGUCGCAGCCGUGAUAGAGGCUACAGAAGACGAUGA